AUGUCUUCGAACAACUCGAACCAACAAGAUCAGCGCACUUCGCAGAAAACCGGCGAAAAAGAUUUUCCAUCGCCUAAUCAGAUGAUGGAAGGUCCAUCGAAUUCAUCCCAUACCAGGAAGAAUGCAUCUGUUGCCAACACUUCGGCUGCGGAUAGCUAUGAAUACGAAGAUGAAGAGUUUCCACCACAGCUUGAGCAUAUACAAAGUCAAAAUCAGCGUCUGGAGAAUGGGAUCCAGCAGAUCCAAGGUGAGCUGGAACAUCGCACGCGCAUAUUGGAAGCCAAGGUGCAGGAAGUCAAGUCCGAAAAGGAAAAGGUCGAAGCUGAAUAUAGCUUAUUCCUUCGCCAGAAACAAGAAGAAAAAUUCAAAGAGAUGGAUUCUUGGCUUCCCGUUGAGGGAAGCAAAGUGAUUGGUGAUCUCGAGAGGCUCAAGAGGGAUAUGAGGUCCGUCGGAAAGGGGAUGGCGACAGAUGACUCGUCCGUCUUUCAGCGACUUGAUGAAGCUGACCAUGCGGCUUUGCUGAAUGACCUUGCGGAAGUCUGCGUGUUGACCAAUGGUGGACUUCCAGAAGAACUGACCUCUUCGAGGUCUCCUGCACUUCUUCUGAACGCCCUACUCGCCCACCAUGUGUAUACGACCUUUUUUAAAAAUCCAUUUUUCUUUCUGGGAAAUGGGCUAGGAGAUGUUCUUCCUCAAUCAGGGCUGGAUAGCUUGCUGAACGAAAUAUACAGCCGCACGGAACAAGCAAACCAAGAAGAGGCUCAUAUAUGGCGCUCUCAAACAUUAAGACUCUUACUGCCUCAGCUGAGAGAUGAUGCAACAAGUCAGGAAAAAGAAUUGCAUCGUUGGACGUCUGAAUUGAUUUCCAAUGUUGCAAACUUGCAAGCUGCACAUUUCUUAGAAGGUCCAGCUCGACAUCUGAUCCGUGACGGAGCCGAAACCAAUUCUGGUAGCAAACUUCAAAGUAUAUACCAGAUGGCAGCGAAUAUUUCUUACAUGAUGUGGACGAGGAGGGCGACUUUGAAGUGUUACACUUUGAGACACCUACACCAGCAAACGUUUCAUCCAGAGAGUAAAAAUCUCAUUCCGCAUUCCUCAGUGAAAUUUGAUCAAUUUGAGGACCAACUCGAAGGCAGACCCAUUAGCCUGAUCGUACAUCCACUUUUAGAACUAUACGGGACAAACGACGCCAAGAAUUAUGACCGAGGAUCAGUAUGGGCACCUGCAGAAGUGUGGCUCGAUAGCAGAAAACCGACUCAGUGA